UAGAUAUUGAUUGAACACGAAGCCACGCACAGAACAAACUGAAUCAGAUUGUAUUGAGGUUGGGGAAGGGGGGGAGGCAGGAGUGGUACGUGGAGGUGGAGUGACGAUCAGUUACCAAGGGUUGGGGGGAAUGUUUCAUGCAGCAUUUCCGUGCUCGCCAUCAGAACGUUUUGUACUUCAACCUUCCACGUCGGUUUUUUUCAAGCUAAGUAUGAGACUCAGGAAUGGUGACACAACACAACAAUCUGUGGUCACCACACACACACACACAGCUGCCACCACCACCACCACCACCGUGAAGUGAUCCUUGGCAAGGUCAAUUAUUGAAGACCAACCUUCUGGGGUGGAUUCUGAAUUACUGAGUGGAAGAGAGACAUUGGUACCCAGCAGGUGGAGCAGCCAUGGCAGUGAACACACACAGGGGUAAGCCACCAGUGAGGGCAAUAGUGCUGGUGUCUAACUGGAUAAUAUUGUUGUCAGUGUGCCUUGGGGUGGUGGAAAGAGUGGUGGCCCUGAAGGAGUGUGAAGUUGAUGUAGUAGUGGUGGCAGGAGGAGAGCAACACACCUUCACUGAGGACAGUUCAAAGGCUAAAAUAUCUCAAAUAACUCUGUUUGGGAAGGUGGAGGACGGCUUUGAGGGAUUCAGCAUCAAUGUGGAGGGAACAGGUGGCAUUGUUUCCAGUGCCUGGUUCCCUGCAGACCAUGAAUGCUUCCCUGACAAGGACACUUGGUACCAGCUCCUGACAUUUUCACAGAUCAAGAACAACGACACUACCAUUAUGUUUGGCUUUGAGACCAGACACUGCCGCAAGGAGUGUAAGAGCGACACAGCCCCACAAAGCCUGCAGCAGCAGAGUGUGGAGGUUUACGGGGCCUCUCACUGGAGUGAAGACAUCCCCCGGGGGGAUAACUGUACCGUUAACACACCGAAAGCCAUCCGUUUCCAUGGCAAGCAUUCCACCUGCAGCAAACGCCCCACCCCCAUGUCCACGAUGAACAUAAUAGUGGUGGUACUGUUGGUGGUGGUACCGUUGGUGGGUAUACUACUGCUCAUCCUGCUGUACGUGAUCAAGAAGAGAGCAGCGCCUUCAGGUCCACACACUGAGGGUCACACUGCCAAGGAAAGAUUGGCCAUGUUCCCUCUACAUUUUUGGAGAAGGCAACAGUACAGCCAGAGGUGCAGCUCUUCUGACGAUCCAGCCAACACCACAGAGUCCGGCUAGACAACCUGUGCUGCAGACAAGUAGUAGGAAUCACUCACGCAUCGCACCUCACCCUUA